AUGAAAAAGCCAUUUGACACUGCAAUCCCAGAGACCUCCGACCGUCCCUUGGCAGUUCCGAGAUCCCGCGUGGGGCCCUGGCUUCGGGACCAGGGCGCCGCCCAGACGGCCCAGACGGGGACGGUCGCGGCCACUCACCUCCCCGCCGGGGGAAGGGCUCCCGCUCGCUCCACCUCACCGGAUAGACAUGAAGGGGGCGCCGCGUGGGACGAAGAGAGGCUGAGACGGGCAGUCCCUCUGCGAUUCCGGGAGCCCAAGGAGGCGCCCGGAAGCCCCGCCGUCGGGCUAGGUUGGAGCUGCUCCUCGGGCGCCCGCGCCCCGCCCGGCUCUCCGGCCUCCGAGAGCCGAAAGGAAGCAGAGCGAGAACCGCCCUGCACGGCCGCCGCACCACCUAGCACUUACCCAUCCAUGGCCCAGAUGAAAGAGCGCACGGUGCGGGAAAUGACGGGCUCCCCGCGAGUAGAGGAAGGAAGCACAGGCAACAGGGUGGCUCCGGGGACGGGCGAGCGGCACCUCUCCCGAACCCCGGCCGGUCGGAGGUGGAAGGAGAGUGGGAAACAGGGGCGGGGACCGGGCACGCUCCCGCCACCGCCGCGCCCCCGCCUUCCCCCACCCCGCAAGCGCGUCCCCGCCUCAAUUAACCCCACCCUCCUAGCGUCGACGCCCUCCCUCGGGGCCCGCCCCUGCGCUCGCGCCCUCUCUGGGCCCCGCCCACAUCCGACCUCAGAUACGCGACCUCUGGCCAACUUCAACCAGAUUCAAUGUGAGGUCUGUAAGUGUGACGCUGGCCCCGAGAAGAACAUGAAUUUACGCCGUUUGUACGUGUUUGUGCAGGAGUUCAGAGAGGUCUGCAUCCAGGCGGCAAGGAAACUAGCGGGAUGUACAGUUUUCAUCACGGGGGCAAGCCGUGGCAUUGGCAAAGCUAUUGCCUUAAAAGCAGCAAAGGAUGGAGCAAAUAUUGUCAUUGCUGCGAAGACAACCCAGGCACACCCCAAACUUCCAGGCACAAUCUAUACUGCUGCUGAAGAAAUUGAAGCAGCUGGAGGAAAAGCCUUGCCAUGUAUUGUUGAUGUGAGAGAUGAACAGCAAAUCAGUGAUGCAGUGGAGAAAGCAGUCCAGAAAUUUGGAGGAAUUGAUAUUUUGGUGAAUAAUGCCAGUGCUAUUAGCUUGACCAACACAUUGGAAACACCUACAAAGAGAGUGGAUUUGAUGAUGAAUGUCAAUACCAGAGGCACCUACCUUACAUCUAAAGCAUGUAUUCCUCAUUUGAAAAAGAGUAAUAUUGCUCAUAUUCUCAAUCUCAGUCCUCCGCUGAAUCUGAAUCCACUAUGGUUCAAACAGCACUGUGCUUAUACCAUUGCUAAGUAUGGUAUGUCUAUGUGUGUUCUUGGAAUGGCAGAAGAAUUUAAAGGUGAAAUUGCAGUCAAUGCAUUAUGGCCUAAAACAGCCAUACACACUGCUGCUAUGGACAUGCUGGGAGGAUCUGGUAUUGAAAGCCAGUGUAGAAAAGUUGAUAUCAUUGCAGAUGCUGCAUAUUCCAUUUUCAAAAAGCCAAAAAAUUUUACUGGUAAUUUUAUUAUUGAUGAAAAUAUCUUAAAAGAAGAAGGAAUAAAAAAUUUUGAUGUCUAUGCCAUUAAACCAGGCCAGCCUUUGAUACCAGAUUUCUUCUUAGAUGAUGUCCCAGAUGCUACUACCAAGAAAAUAGAAUCACAUGGUGAUACUGCAGCAGUCAAAGACGGGAAGCAGGAGCGACAACCACAGCCACGUUCUGGACCUGUGGAAGAAACAUUUCGCAUUGUCAAGAACUCUCUCAAUGAUGACCUUGUUAAAGCCACUCAAGCCGUCUAUCAGUUCGAACUCUCAGGUGAAGAUGGUGGAACAUGGUUUCUUGAUCUGAAAAGCAAAGGUGGAGUUGUGGGCUUUGGAGACCCUCCUAAUCAGGCAGAUGUGGUGAUGAGUAUGUCCACUGAAGAUUUUGUAAAAAUGUUUUCUGGGAAGCUAAAGCCAACAUUGGCAUUCAUGUCAGGAAAGUUGAAGAUUAAAGGUAACAUGGCCCUAGCAAUCAAAUUGGAGAAACUAAUGAACCAGAUGAAUGCUAAACUGUGA